UUUCAGUUCAGUUAUCAGCAAGAGUUCAACCCGCGUAGAAGCAGGCAAAAUUAGAAUGCAUCUACAAACCGAACGUUUCAGCGAUGAAGUCACCGAUCUCAUCAAAACCGUGUACAAAGAUCAAAUUCAUAGUAACUUGUAUAAAGUGGAUGGCGUAACGAUGCCGGAAUACUAUGAAACGUUCGUGGACACUGUUGAGAAUUUCCAAGUUCGUGACGACGACGUCUGGGUCUGCAGCUUCCCGAAAACCGGCACGACUUGGACGCAGGAAAUGGUUUGGUGCAUUGCGAACGAUCUAGAUUACGAACGAGGAAAAGUUCCUCUGACGAACAGGUUCCCUUUCUUCGACAGUUCGGCGCAUUUCAACUUCUCCGAAAUAUUGAAAGCUGAUCCUGGUAUCCAGAUACCCAGAGAAAUGGCUGACAGUUUCAAAUAUACAGCCGAUUCACCCAGUCCGCGAUUCAUCAAGACCCAUCUGCCGUUCAACCUUCUUCCGCGGCAGCUGAGGACCCGGGAGAAGGAGCCAAAAAUUAUUUACGUCGUUCGCAACGCCAAAGAUGCUUGCAUCUCUUAUUAUCAUUUUUUCAGAAGCCUUCAAGAUCCGCGGGCGACCUUCGAGGACUGGUGUAAUCUCUUUCUUCAAGAUGCUGUGAUGUACGGACCAUUCUGGAAGCACGUGCUUGGUUACUGGGAGAAGAGAAUCGAAGAUAAUGUGCUGUUCUUGAAGUACGAGGAUAUGAAACAGGAUUUACCGAGUGUGAUAAAGAAGACUGCGACGUUUCUCGGAAAGAAUUUGACCACCGAUCAGUUGUCAUCUCUCACCGAGCACUUGAGUUUCGAAAGUAUGAAAUUAAAUCCAGCGGCGAACAACGAAGAUCUCGUUCAUCUAAUGAAGGAAGUUUUGCAAUCGGAAGUCGAAGGAAAAUUCAUGAGAAGUGGUGAGAUGAACCAAUGGAAGUCCGCGAUGACUCAGGAUAUGAUCGAACGAUUCGACCAGUGGACGCGGGAAAAUUUGAAGGGAACUGGCCUGUCCUUUUGAAGAGGAUGUUGCGUACAUAGUUUCCCUUUAUAUCGUAACGAAAACCGACAUUACACCAAAGUGUGACCAGCUCAUUUGGUUAAUGAAUGUACAAUACUUGAGAC